AUGCCCAGCGUCACUACCGCCUCCUUCUACUUACUCUUAGUCCUUGCCAUAUCAAUUCAAUAUUUUCUACCUUCUCCUGAAACAAACAUGACAUCCGUCAGCAGCCCAUGGGCCGAUACUCCAUGUGAACUCAUCACUACACCACAGCAUGCGACAGGAAAAACCGACAUUUUCACCGUCGGCGCCACACACAUGGCACACAUCCACAACGCCAUCCUCCGCGGCUACAACUCCAUCUACCUCCAAGCACCCCUCGUCAAAGACACCGACAAAGCUGCAUUCGUAGGCUACGCACUGACAUGGUUCCGCUUCGUAAAAUCGCACCACGACGACGAGGAAACCGAGUUAUUCCCCGCUGUCGAACAAGUCUUAAACGACAAGAACAUAUGGGGAGAAACGCACAAAGAGCACGAAUCCUUCUUAGAAGGCCUAUCCGCAUACUCCUCCUACCUCUCCACCCUACCCUCCCCCACCGCUCUAAACGGCACACACCUCCAAUCCCUCAUGUCCUCCUUCCAACCAGCCUUCUCCCACCAUUUCCACAGCGAAAUCAGCACCAUCGCUUCUUUCUCCUCGCACCCGUCUGCCCCCGCGCCCAACACCCCCGAAGCAGACGCCGCAGCCGCUGUAUUCAAGACUUGGGGCAAGAAGACGGUGAUGAAGGCGGGGACGCUGGAUGUUGUUCCUUUUUUCUUGAUGAACCUAGAUGCAGAGUAUGAGGGGGGUAAGUGGGCGGAUUGGCCGCCCAUGCCGAGGUUGGUUAGGUGGGGGUUGGUGAAUGGGGCCGGUAGUGUGAAUUGGGCGUGGUGGAAGUUUGCGAGUUGUGAUGGUGGGGGUAGGCCGAGGGCAUUGUGGGCGUUGCAGCAGGAGGGAGGGGGGAAGGAGUAG